AGCCCAGCUUUCUCAGACAAACCUCUGCCAUUUCCCAACAUGCAAGGUGCUCAUGGACUCAGGCACACCAUUCAGCAGCAUUAAGUAUACUGAUGCCAUUGCAAAGCUACAGGAAGAAUUUGAUGACAGGUUUGUGGACUUCAAGACACACACAGCCACUUUCCAAAUGUUUGCUGACCCCUUCUCCUUCAAUGUGGAAGAUGCACCCCCUGUGCUUCAAAUGGAGCUAAUUGAUCUGCAGUGCAAUUCUGAACUCAAAGCUAAGUUCAGGGAUAUAAAUGGAAAAACAGACAAGCUUGGACAAUUUAUGAGAGAAUUGCCCACCAACUUUCCUGAGAUUUCCAGGAUGUUCAAGCAGAUCAUGUGCCUUUUUGGGAGUACCUAUCUGUGUGAAAAGCUCUUCUCCACCAUGAACUUUAAUAAGUCAAAGUACAGGGCCAAACUUACAGAUGAGCAUCUUCAAGCCAUAUUGAGGGUGUCGGUUGCUUCCUCACUCAAGCCAAAUGUUGCUGAGCUGUGUAGGAGGAAGCGCUGCCAGGUCUCUGGCAACAAGAAGUAG